AUGUUAGGGCCUAUGCCUUUUGUGAGAAAUUAUAGAUGGGUUUUAUUUAGGGGCCCUCCUGCCUGUUCAAUAAACAACAGACCUAUCGUCCCUAAAACAACAGACCUAUCUCCCCCACAACAACAGACCUAUCAACCCACAACAACAGACCUAUCAACCCACAACAACAGACCUAUCAACCCACAACAACAGACCUAUCGUCCCCACAACAACAGACCUAUCAACCCACAACAACAGACCUAUCAACCCACAACAACAGACCUAUCGUCCCCACAACAACAGACCUAUCAACCCACAACAACAGACCUAUCGUCCCCACAACAGACCUAUCAACCCACAACAACAGACCAAUCGUCCCCACAACAACAGACAUAUCUCCCCACAACAACAUACCAAUCUCCCCACAACAACAGACCAAUCGUCCCCACAACAGACCUACCAACCCACAACAACAGACCUAUCAACCCACAACAACAGACCUAUUGUCCCCACAACAACAGACCUAUUGUCCCCACAACAACAGACCUAUCAACCCACAAAUCAACAGACAUAUCGUCCCCACAACAACAGACCUAUCUCCCCCACAACAACAGACCUAUCGUCCCCACAACAACAGACAUAUCAACCCACAACAACAUACCUAUCAUCCCCACAACAACAGACCUAUCAACCCACAACAACAUACCUAUCAACCCACAACAACAGACCUAUCAACCCACAACAACAGACCUAUCAUCCCCACAACAGACCUAUCAUCCCCAUAACAACAGACCUAUUGUCCCCACAACAAUAGACCUAUCGUCCCCACAACAACAGACAUAUCAACCCACAACAACAGACCUAUCAUCCCCACAACAACAUAUCUCCCCACAACAACAGACCUAUCAACCCACAACAACAGACCUAUCAACCCACAACAACAGACCUAUCAUCCUCACAACAACAGACCUAUCGUCCCCACAACAACAGACCUAUCUCCCCCACAACAACAGACUUAUCCCCCCCGCAACAACAGACCUAUCUCCCCCACAACAACAGACCUAUCUCCCCACAACAACAUAUCUAUCAACCCACAACAACAGACCUAUCUCCCCACAACAACAGACCUAUCAACCCACAACAACAGACCUAUCAUCCCCACAACAACAGACCUAUCAAUCCACAACAACAGACCUAUCUCCCCCACAACAACAGACCUAUCAACCCACAACAACAGAUCUAUCAUCCCCACAACAAUAGACCUAUCGUCCCCACAAUAACAGACCUAUCAACCCACAACAACAGACCUAUUUUGACUGCAAACAUAUAUAAUACAGAUCAACUAUGAUUAGGUUUGCAAAAUUCUGGUAACUCCAGUCUGGACUUCUGGGAAUUUGGCGGAAGUUACUGGAAAUGUUCACCCCUACCUUUGAUGGCUAGAUUGAGUUGAUAUGCAUAAAUUAGUGUUACCACCAUCAUCCACCUGAAUCUGACCACUCCAGCACAGUAGGUCGCGUUCACAUUCUGCUUGUUCCCUCCUGAUUCCAGAAAUCUUCCAACUGGAAUGUCUGGAAAACCUGGGAAUCUUGGGGGAAAGUUACCGGAAUUUUGCAUCCCAAACAGCAAGGUUUUAAUAUGCUGCCGAUAUGAGCUAUUAUUGUCACAGAGCCGAUGCAUUCCUUAGAUUGACUGUAAAUAAUCAACUGCAACGAAAUAAAAAGAGAGAGAAGUUGUCUGUAUGCAGCCAUGUGAAUGGGAAAUAUGUCUGAGGGUGUUAUUACAAAUAUUGGUGGAAAAAAAUCUAUUCUUGUUCACAUGUGAUGAUCCAGUGAAGUAACUUGUAUUUGUUUUUAAAAGCAUUAAAUGAUUUCAAUAGUCAA